GUUAACUUAAUAUGACAGUGACGUUUAUUAGUUUAAAGAAAUGAAUCAUUUCUAAUUAUACGAUAGAAUUUGUUGAAAUUAGUGCAUAAAAAACAAAUAUUCUUCAACGUAAAGAUGUUUUCGAGCGGUCCCAAUUACCCGAAAUUGAAGACGAACCUGAGACUGGCCAUGUCGAGGCUGAAAUUGCUGCAAAAAAAGAAAACCGAACUCACAGAGAAGGCCAGGAAAGAGAUUGCGGAUUUUAUUGCUGCGGGAAAAACGGAACGGGCCAAAAUCAGGGUGGAAUACAUCAUAAGGGAGGAUUAUAUGGUGGAAGCUUUAGAGGUGGUCGAAAUGUACUGUGAUUUGCUGCUGGCGAGAUUCGGGUUGAUAUCGAACAUGAAAGAGCUCGACGAAGGUAUAUCGGAAGCUAUUGCCAGUUUAAUAUGGGUGGCCCCUCGUCUAAUGUCCGAUAUCCAGGAAUUGAAAGUUAUCGGUGACUUACUGGCAGCGAAGUACGGUCAACAGUACGCUGAAGCCUGUCGUGCAGAAAGUAUCGAAGCAAUAAGUCCGAAAUUGAAGCACAAAUUAUCCAUUCACGCUCCCCCGAAGCUGCUCGUCGAGAAGUACAUGAUAGAAAUCGCCAAGUGCUACAAUGUAGCUUACGAACCCGAUCCGCAAGUCAUGGCUUUAGAAAAAGCCAAUGAUGCUUUACUGAUCGAUUUGUCGUCGAAUAACUUAGGAGGCGGUGGAAUGCCCCAGCCGCCUGGAUUUUUCGGCUAUCCGGUUCCUCCACCAUUACCUACUGCUUCUAAUCCGGUGCCGUUCGAAUAUCCGGUUUUUAAAGGAAAAGAGUUAAAUGUCGAUCCGAGUGCUCCAGUUCCACCGGCUGCGUUCUCUUACAACAUCCCUCCCAACGACGGGAAGGAAUCCAAUACAGAUUCGAUGGAUAACAAUUUGCCUACCUAUAAGCACCUAUAUCCGAAUUUUAGCGAAAAGCCUCCACAUCCAAGUGCUUCGGGUGCCGGACAAUCGGAACAGGAGAAACCUAAAAUUUCAAAUCUUGACGUUAAUAUAGACGAGGACGAUGAUAAACCCACGCCGGCGCCAAGAUUAAAGAUGAACGACAAAGUUUACGAUUUACCAGAAUUGCCUUCGGUGCCCAAUUUGGAUAUCAAAGAUUCCCAGGAAUCCAAUAAGGACGAUGAUAUCGAUUUCGAUGAUUUAACUAGGAGAUUCAACGAUUUAAAGAAGAAAUAUUAAAUGAAUGUGUAAGUGAUAAAAUUAAGGAGAUAAGGGAAAGCUAAUGGCCUUUUGCAUUUCGGUAAGAUAGUUUAGAAUUUUUGCAGAUAACCAAUAGUAAUAUAGCAUUACAAACAAAAUAUUGUUAGCCUUAUUAUAAAUUACUCAAAUUCUAUGAACGAACAAUUUUUUUUUUAUAAUCUAUGGCAGUUUAAUGCAUAUACAUAUACUUUUUAUUUUCAAAUAAUUCUAUAUAUACAAGCUACGGAAGUUCUGUAUGCGAAUUUAUCAUUUCGUUAAAAUAUUUGUUCUACUUCAUAUGAAUAACAUUGAAUACAUAUUACAUUCUAUGCUAUUAAUAAUUGAUUGUUAUGAGAAUUGUAAUAUGCAGGGUGUCAUGGGACACCCUGUAUACGAUUUGUAAAAACUAGUGACUCACUAUAUUUCCAAAAUAAGUGAGUCACUAAUUUUGAUAAACAGUUCAGUUAAAUGUUAACAAACAAUUCGCAAAUUUAAAUUAUCUUUUUCACCAUUUUGAGAUUAAUAUGUUAGGAAUGUUACCAUAUAAAACUCAAAAUUGUGACUACACAUAUUACUAAUGUUUGUAAAGUAAAAUAUUUUUAUAAUAUAACGUUUCGACAAAUUGCUUAUUAACUUAUUUAAACAAAAAAUAAAAAAACCCUAAUUCUUAAGUACUUAGAGCGAAAACAAUUACAAUUUUCUUUGUAAAAAAUAUACACGAAUGUCUCAAAUGUAAUUCGAGCGCAACUGAUUUAACUGAUAAAUUAAAAGCUUACAUAUCCCGAAGCGAAUCCUACGAUUUUAAUUAAAUACCUGAGAUAGAUAAUGAAAAGGCAGACAUUUCCGCCACAUUCAACUUUAUAUCUACAAUACUUCGACUACGAAAAAACUCGAAUUCUACCAAAAUUUACAAGCCUAUAAUAAAAUAAAUAGUCCCAAUACGCGUUUCAAUUCGUCCUUUCCAAGCACAUCUUUCCCUUAUCCCUUACAACCAACACUUCGAGUUUAUAAAAGAAAAAGUUCAUCGAACAAAACCGAACACCCCUUCGAUCAUAUUCCCGCUACCUUCAAAACUCGCCAAACACCGUCUGCUAAUGCGCCAACGCGUGAUUUAUACCCUGCGUCAUGAUCGGAUAGGACACCAUCGAUUGCGGCUGCGCGUUCGACAUCGCUAUCGCCUGCGCCUGCGUACUGAUCGCGUUCAUCUGCGAAUUCCUCCGCAUCUCCGACGCCAAAUUCUGCUGCUGUUGCGCCGCCAACAGCUGUUGAUUCGUACUGGCCAAUGCCAAUUGCUGCGGCACGUUCGUCACCGUCAAUUGCUGCGCCUGCGUGUUCAACUGUUGAUUCGUACUCGCCAAAGCCAACUACGAAACACACAAUAAUUAGGUAAAAGUAGUUCGAAAUUUAGAGGAAACGAACCUGUUGGGCCUGAGAGGUCAAUUGCUGAUUGGUGUUGGCGAUGGCUUGGAGUUGUUGCGCUUGCGCGUUACUCGCCAACGCCAUCUGUUGCGUUUGCGUGGCCAAUUGCGGAGCGGCCGCGCUCGCCAGCGCCAUCUGUUGGUUCGCCAUGUGCUGCGCUUGGGACGUCAAUUGUUGCGUGGUCGUGGCCAAGGCGAGUUGUUGCGCUUGCGAAGUGAGCUGCGGCUGCUGCGCCUGCGCCUGCGCCGCCGCCAAAUUGGUCGCCAAAUUUUGCUGCGCUAUGGCCAAUUGCGCUUGCGAACUGUUCGCUAUCGCCAGUUGCGUCGUCGGAUUCGUAGUCACU